AUGGGUAUAACUGAUGCAAUUAAUUGUCAUGAGCGCAUUUUAGAAUUAAAAGAAAAUUUUUCACUGGAAGUCUUGGCUAAUGGAUCUAUUAAUCCAACUUAUAGAACUGUCCAAAAUUGGCACAAUGAAUGGAGUUUGGAAAAUUUAGGUCCACGGUCUGGAUCAGGUUUGAUUGAGAAAAUAAUACAAAAGAUUGAUGUAUACAAAGAGAGAAAUGUAAUAGUUAAGUUCAAGGAAGAUCCAUUUGCAUUAGUUAUUAUUACCCCACUUAUGCAACGAACCCUUUCAUUAAAGUCAUCUAGUAUAUACGAGUUUAACCACUGGUCGUACGCAGUGGCGUACGCAGGGGUAGGGUUCUAG